AUGCAUUCAUGUUUCGUUCCUGUACGAGUUGAACUCUUUCACGUCAUCAUCGUUGGAAAACCACUAGCCUUUAAAUAUUUCAUUCAUGGACGCAAACAAUACUCUCUUUCUCUCUCUCUCUCCCUUCCUCUUGCUCUACCCGCUUCUGUCGCUCUCUCUCUCUUUCUCUCUCUCUCUCUCUCUCUCUCUCUCUCUCUCUCUGUCUUACUGAUUGACAUAAACCAAACCGCUCUCUUCCUCCUUUCUGUCUUCUUUUCUCUAUCUCUGUCUUACUCACGCUCUCUCUCUCUCUCUCUGUCUUACUCACGCUCUCUCUCUCUCUCUCUAUCUCUGUCUUACUCGCUCUCUCUCUCUCUGUCUUACUCCGCUCUCUCUCUCUCUCUCUCUCUCUGUCUCACUCUCUCUCUCUCUCUCUGUCUGUCUUACCUCUCUCUCUCUCUCUCUCUCUCUCUCUCUGUCUUACUCACGCUCUCUCUCUCUCUCUAUCUCUGUCUUACUCACGCUCUCUCUCUCUCUGUCUUACUCACGCUCUCUCUCUCUCUCUUCUCUUUCUUUGACAGUUCCAUUCUACGUCAGUUCACUUUCCAUCUGUCCAUAUGCCAACUUUACCCCUCUCUGUCUCUCUCUCUUUCUCUCACUCUCUCCCUCUCUCUCUCUCUCGCUCUCUCCCUCUCUAUCUCUUUCUCUCCCUCUCUCUCUUUCUCUCCCUCUCUCCUCUCUCUCUCUUUCUCUUACUCUCUCCCUCUCUCUUUCUCUCGCUCUCUCCCUCUCUCUCUUUCUCUCCCUCUCUCCCUCUUUCUCUUACUCUCUCCCUCUCUCUCUUUCUCUUACUCCGUCUCUCUCUCUCUUUCUCUUACUCUCUCCCUCUCUCUCUUUUUCUCACUCUCUCCCUCUCUCUUUCUCUCCCUCUCUCUCUCUCUCUUUCUCUUACUCUCUCCCUCUCGCUUGUGUGCACGUGCUCUUUCACUCUUUUUUUUUAAGCCUGUGUCAACUGCCGGAAAAAAAUUAUCUUGA